AUAAUUCCUCAACAAAAGUAUGUAUUUUCAGACACAAUUUGUGGGACACUUCAAAAUUUUACUGUUUGCUUCUGUUGCUUUAAAUCUAUAUUUAGUUCGCAUUUCAAAUGGUCUAGUUUUUGAUGACCAUCCGCUGAACUCGACAGUGGAGGCAAAAGGAGCAGUGUCACUAACUUGUAUUGUAGAAUUCGACAAAAAGGAUGCGAAUCAAUACAAUAUGAAAUGGAAAAAAGACGGCGAAUAUAUAGCCUCGGACAGAGAUGUAAAGAUUGAUUUAAAAGAUCAAAGUCACUUUAUUGUUACUAUAAACAAAGGAAAUACAAGAAUAGUAUACACGUUAAUGUUUACUACUAUUCAAAACAACGACCGUGGAUUCUACAUUUGUGACGUAUUUAAAAACAACAAUCGUAUUUUGGAAUCUAAUAAAGCUUUCCUGGAUGUAAUACAAAUUCCUGAUGAGAGAUACCCAUUAUGUUCAAUAUCAAAUGAUAUCUACACCGAAGGUGAUGACGUAAUGCUCUACUGCAUUUCUGAGUAUACAGAACCUCCAUUGACCUUACGAUGGACUGAUGGCGAUACACAUGUUGUUCAAAUCGAAGGACAAACUGCAAGACUACAAAAAAGGAUGAUUGCAAAUUCUCAUUUAAAUAGAUAUCAAGCUGUAUGUUUGCUAACAAAUUCACAAAUUCCAUCUCUCCAAAGAAACUGUACAACACAGCCCCUGACUAUAUAUUAUAAGCCAAGAAUUAACAUCUCUCAACCGGGUUUAAUACCGACUGGAAGACAGGCUAUAUUUAUUUGUAAAACUACAGCUAAUCCUACUGUUACUAGUUAUAAAUGGACAACUAUUCCGACACUCGACAACACUCAAUACAAUAUUGAUGAAACUGGGCAAGUAUUUAUGCUACUUAAUCCAACAUAUAAUCACAAUGGAAUAAUGAUUACAUGUGAAGCUAAAAAUAAGAUUGGAAGCUCGUCAUUUAAUUUUACAAUAACUAUACAAGCUUUUGAAAAUGAUAAAACUGAGAAUAAAGAUUCAAACAAAAUUGAUAGUCGCAAAAAUGAUAAAUCAUCACGUGAUUAUGGCAAUUUUAAUGAUGAUGCUUCUUCAGGAUUAUCUACGGACAUUAUCGUAAUUAUAAUUGUUGCCUGUGUAGUGUUUGUGGUGAUAAUGGCAAUGAUUCCAGUUUAUUAUUAUUGUUUAUGCUCAAGAAAUUCCUCAUCAAACCAGACAACUAUAGCACAUCAACCUGAAGUGUACUUUGAGCCUCGAGAUCGAAUGACGUUGCCUUUACCUCACACCAGAGAUACAGCCAUCUGGAGAAGAUCGUUUGGUGCUCAAGCACCAGAUGAUAAGGAGGUAGAUGCCAUGUAUUUGGAAAUACAAAGUAACCAUUACAUAUAUGCAACGGCAAGUAGAUGUAAUACAAUCAGAUAAUUUUUUGUAUGGUUCACAUUUAAAAACAUCU